AUGCGCAGACCAGCCACACCACUGACCAGACCAGCCAGACCAGACCAGACCAUCGACCACACCACCAGUCAGACUGGUCGCACCGUAGGUCAAACUGACCAGACUAGCCACACCAUCAACCAGACCGGCACCACCGUCGAUCAGACUGACCAUACCACCAGUCAAGCUGAUCAGAUUGAUCACAUCGCAAGCCAGACAUAUUUCUGGCAUGUGGUGCAUAUCACUGGUAUGUCAAAAAACAAAAAACAAGCUGAAACUUUCCAGCAGCCAGUGUUUGAUGAUGGCUUCAACCUGCUUGGCCAUGAGGAGAUCGAAUAUAUACCCUUGGAUAUGGGGUUUCAGACGAUGAAACGGAAAUUUAUCGAAGAACCCAAACCGCAGAUCAUGAUUUCCGACAGCAAUACCGUCCUCGAUCUUAUUCCUUUUCAAUUGUUGAAAGCGGGUAUGGGGUUUCAGACGAUGAAACGGAAAGUUGUCGAAGAACCCACACCUCAGAUCAUGAUUUCCGACAGCAAAACCGUCCUCGAUCUUAUUCCUUUUCAAUUGUUGAAAGCGGGUAUUUCAGCCAAAAUAAGAAUACAUACAGACUAUGGCACGGUCGGUGAAUGUACCAUAGAGAGGACACAGAGUUUUACCGUCACCGAUACAAUAAAGAAGAAGUCGCCUGAAACAAAAUUGCAAGAUUUGUUUUUUAUAACUUCUCACAUCGCGAAUUCCAUAGAAGAUGCGGACUCUUCAUCAUUAGACUCGACGUCCGAGACAUCGUACCAAGAGAAACAGGAGAAGUCGCAUGAAAAAAUAUGGCGAGAUGUUUCAACUCAAAUUUCUCUAAAUUCCAAAGUAGAUGCGGACUCUACAUCAUUACACACGACGUCCGAUACAUCGUACCAAGAGAAACAGGAUUUUCAUAGUGACUGCAAAGGAUUCCCAUUCAAUGUUGCCCGGCUUUUGGCAAUUAAGUUUAAAGUGGAAGAACGUUUCGUCGUGCCAACAACAGAUGCACGUGGAAAACAUACCUUCAUUAUAUACGACAAAGAACAAGGAAGAGACAGAAUUACAACAGAAUUCGGGCAAAAGGUGCUAAUCCGAAAUCCAAAAUCUAUACAGAGUGAAGGAAUCGCAAUAACCAACUACUGCAGAGAAAAACGUCUGGACUUAAAACCUACAAAAAGAGCUUCGUUAAAGAAUAUCAUUCAAAAGCACACGGACAAACUAUUCAUAAAACAUAGCAAUAUUAACUUUAUUAGUACGUCUCCGGUUAAAUCUUGCUGGAACGGGGACAUCGUCCGGGAUGAGGCAUGCAUUGUGAUUUACUGCAGUUCAAAAGGAUAUGUUCCUUUUGGUGAAGACAAAUUUCCAAAGCUACUAACCGUCGGGGAAGUAAUUGCUUCAACGGACAUCAGAGAAGGAUACUUUCAGUUUGGUCCCUACGCAUACGCUACAUCAAGGAGUAGUGAUAUCCACGACAGAUUGAAGAUGGGCUGCCAGUUUGGCGUUGAAGGAGGUUCAACUUCGGGGACCAUAGGUCCUGUCGUGAAUUUAAACGGCGAAAUGGCUUUUUUGACAUGUGCACACAUCAUUUACGGUAUAGAUCAAAAUGGUUACACGUUUGACGACUCUGGAUGCGAUAUAUACAUAGAACAACCGUCGUCGACAAAUUUCGGUUCCACUGGCAAUAGGUGUGGUAAGGUCAAGCGAGCAGUGUUCAGACCAAACUUGCCUUCAAGUGUUGAUGCCGCAGUUGUGGAGAUAACAGAACAGUCACGUCAACCAGUAAGCGGUGAAUUCGCUGUAGAUAACCCGAUCCGGAUGCAACAAGCAGGAUUUGACGAUCUUCCUUACUUUAAUUCUGGAAAAAUUCACAUGAACCCGAACACUAUCGACAGUGACAAGAGAAUGGUGAAGUUUGGGUCGGAAACGCAUGUGACAAGAGGGACUCUAAUCAGCGAGGGAACAGUGGUGACGCCAGUUUCUACAGAAAUGGGAUUAUUUAGCCAAACUGGGAAAAAGGUUCUUAUGAGAAACCAACUGGAAAUUGCCGGAAUAACGAGCCACGGUGCUUUCUUCCAGCCCGGUGAUUCUGGAUCCGGUGUCUUCUUCGUGGAUCGGACGGGCAUGGGGCAGGAACUCACUUGCAUAGGUAUGGCCAUAGGAUCGACCUCUAACGGAACCGCCAUUGUGACACCAAUACUCGAUAUAUUGGAUUCAUUGCAGUUACCGAGAUCACUUUGGCAGUUUCCUUAAACCGGAGCCGCAUCUUGGUUGUUGUUUUCUUUGUUGUGGCUUUAAAGCUCAUUGACAAAAUGUCAUCUGGCAUAAGGCGUCAAAAAUAACAAAAAUAUUUGACACUUGCAAAACAACUGAAAUUUAAAAAUGUGUAAGCUGUUUACAUCACUAUUAUAUUGUAAACGCUAUGUUUUAUUAUAGAACCUGUUUCAGAUCAAUGCAUGCUACCAAAAAAUAUUCAACAAUGAAUAUUGUUUAACAGCGAAAUAAUAAGGUUGGUCUUCACCAUUUAGUAAGUAUCCAUGAAUAAUGUAUGUAUGUCCCGAUCUGAUUCGGCUCAAAACUACCCCCUCUUAUCUAUCGUUUCUAUGAUGUAUUAUUAUCACAGUUGAAAUAAAUUCCAGAAAACCCAGCUUUUCAGUCAGUAUUAAACAAACCUUUUUCAACGAAAUGAUCAGU